GUAAAUGGUCAUUUAGGUUUGUCAUUUUUUCAUGAACUACUUGAUAUACAACUCCCACAUUCGAUCUUAAUGGACUACAUGCACAUUACUUUGCUGAGACAUACUCGUUGUGUGGUUUUGCAAAUGUAUACAAGUAUUGUUCCAAAGAAAAGAUCACAAAUUGAUGACCAAUUAAAGUUUCAACAAUUUCCACAUACAUUCAAUAGAAAGUUAAAGCCUAUCAAAUCGGGACAUAUAAAGUACGAUCGGUUUGUAUGAUGCUCUUGUACUUAGUAUAGCUGAGAUAUUUUCAUAAAAGAAAUUUGAACUAUCACAAUACUUUGUUUUCAUUUAAACAUGUUUGUGUAUAAUGAAGUCUUGAUAUUCCAUUAUAUAUUUUUAUGAAUAGUAUUAGUGUAUCAGUUUUAAUAAAUGUUCGUUGAACAUUAUUGUCUUAGUACUUGAAAUUGAAAUAGAUAGAUCAUUGAAAAUUUUAAUAGUAUUUUGAUGAACUUGACUAAUACUAAUCUUAACAUUUAUUUGUUUAAAUUUUUGCUUAAAUUUAAUUUAACUAUUUUGUCCUAAAAUGGAUAUGAAUUUAUGAUAUUUUUUCAGUUUUAUUUCUAUCAAUCUAAGUGCGUAUAAAUACUGUAUGCAGUUCAAAAUUCACAGAUUAUGUCUUUAUAGUUGGUUUCAAAAAAUAUAUUCAACAAGCUAGUGUUUCUCUAUUGUUUAUUUUUUUUUUGACUGUCCGUAACUUUCAAACGAUAAAUAAAUAAGUACUGUAAUGCAAAUUAAUUAUUUUUUAGAGCAUCAGAAAUAAAAAAUCUAUUAUUUUAUGCGUUAUUACCUAUAUUCUAUCAGCAUCUUCAAGUGGAUAAAGCUGCUCAUGUUGCUCUUUUAGUUUGUGCUAUUCGUAUGCUUCAUGGUCCUAAAUUAUUUGGACAUGAAACCGGUCUUUUAGCUCAUGAUUUAUUAUCAAUAUAUUACAGAGAUCAUUGGAAAUAUUAUGAUAAUCUGGAAAAUUUAGUUUUACACUUGCACAUACACUAUUCGAAUCAAUAUUUAAACUAUGGUAGCUUAAAUAAUACAAACUGUUUUGCACAAGAAAGUUUCCUUGGUGCAUUUGCAAAAAAUAAACAUGGUACUCGUUACUGGGGAGAUUUACUGAUUGAUUUUGCUUUACAAAAAAUAAUCAAUCAGCAGGAAGUUGAUAAUGUGAAUCAUAAUGAAGGAGCUUUUGAUGUAGCACGUUUAUCAAUCAAUAAUAUAGAGAAGCUCCUGUCAUGGCAUCAACGUGUAUGUAAUUGCAAUCAACCAGCAAUAUGUAUCAUUAUUUAUCAUCGUUCUAUUAUUAGAGGUCAAACAUAUCAUUCUCUUUCUUAUCCAAAACGACAAUCAAGUAAUAGUUUUUUCGUAAAGUACACUAACGAUGGUCGUGAUAUAUUAUUUGGAGCAAUUGAACUGUUUUUUACAUAUAAAAAGUUUACUUUGGCCCUCAUUAAUAAUUAUCCAAGUAAACAUCUCUUUUUUGAUGUUUUUGCUUCUUCUUCUUAUUAUCAUUCAUGUUUAUCCAAAUAUAUCGAUAUGUACUUUUAUGUACUUCAAGAAAAACCAUCAUCAUUUCAUUAUAUACCAAUUCAUCAAAUAUUAAACUUAUGUGUUGUUUUCAAAAAAGAUAACUUUAUAGUUGUAACUCCUAUUUCUCAAGCUUAUGAACAUGAUUAA